AUGAAGUGGAACGACGUCGUUAUCAAAAACUACAAAGGCACUUUUCAAGCUUCGUCCUGUGUCUCUCGCAUGGCUGAAGCUAAUAGCCCGACGGUCUCCUCUUCCAAAUCGGACCCAAAUCCGUGCCCGAUUUGUCUUGCAUCAGUCACCGAAGACUCUUAUCUGGACAAAUGUUUCCAUAAAUUUUGCUAUAAUUGCAUCAUAAGAUGGACUGAUGUAGUUGCGAGCAAGCGCUCACGUGCAUCUUCAACACUGGCAUGUCCUUUAUGUAAGACAGAGAACUUGUCCAUUAUUUACGGAUUUGAUGGAACUUCUUUUCAACAGCACUAUAUCUGUAGGAGCUUGAGGAAUAGAGAUUUCUUUUCGAGGGCUCACAGGAAUAGAUUAAAAUGUUACUAUACUGAACCAGGUGACCUAGCCGAUAAACUAUCCGUUUCACGCCAUUGGAAGUUGCGUAAGUAUGUGAAGCAGAAUCAUUUUUUGCCAGUCUGGUUAAGAAGAGAAAUUCAGUCGCUAAUGCAGGUGGAGGACGUGGAUGUUAUCGUGCACCACAUACUUGGCGUGAUUGACUCAUUGAUAAGAGAUUGGUCGAAUAAUCCAAGAAUUACAAGUGAAAUGGCACAGAAAGAGUUCAGGGUUUCGGUAUCUGAAGCGGUCAGGCGUUUUUUAACUGGUAGAACAGAAAGGUUUGUGAAUGAGUUGGAGCUUUUCCUUGCUUCAGGCCUAAACAUCGAUGCCUUUGAUAGAGUCUAUGCCGAGCAUUUAGGUUGGGAAAUUCAUGAAAUAAAUGAGGCUGACCGUGUUGAGUCUCCUCUGGAGCAUGUUCCUGCUGUUCCAUGCUUGUACAUCUUUGAUGAAGAUUCUAAUGGAAAUUGA